UCUCUGCUUCUGGAUUUGAAGAGGUCGAUUGAGAAGUAAAGGGAUGAAGGAGCAAAAAUCUGCAGGCCGAAAACUAGAAGGCCACAUAGGCAGAGCAGAAGAAGCCACCAGAGCAGUUUAUUCUGAAUAUCCGACUGAGAGACUAGGAUGGGGAGUGUCGCAAGAAGGCAAAGGGGACCCUUGCAAGGGGAUGCCAGAGCACUGGGAAGUUCAAUGGCAGGAGGUCCUGAAGACCCUGCAGCCCAUUCAGACAGAAGGGGAAGAUGCACCGGGGGUGCCCGAGUCUGCCCCCUGGGAAGAUGCCAAGGCCUUCCUGGCCUCCUUCGAGCAAGUGGCCAAAGCCUGCCGGUGGCCUAGAAGAGAGUGGGCUGCACUGCUCCUGCCAGCCCUGAGUGGGGAAGCGGAAGAAGCUUUUAGCAUAUUAGAAGCCGGAGAUCAGGAGGACUAUGGGAAGGUGAAGGCGGCCAUCUUGCGAGGGGAUGACCUGAGGGUGGAGGCUCAGCGCCAGUGCUUCAGGCAAUUCUGCUGCGAGGAGGUGGAGGACCCCCGAAGGGUCUACAGCCAGCUGCAGGAGCUUUGCCACCUGUGGCUGAAGCCGGAGAGACGCAGCAAGGAGCAGAUCCUGGAGCUGCUGAUCCUGGAGCAGUUCCUAGCCAGCCUCCCGCCGGAACUGCAGGGCUGGAUCCGAGCAGGUGGGCCGGAGACGUGUUCCCAGGGGGUGGCCCUGGCGGAGGAGUUUCUGAGGAGCCAGCAGGAGGCCAAGACUGGGCAGUUGAUAAGGAUAAAUAACCCCUUAAAGUUCCCACGGAUGUGGGAAGUCCUGUCUACACUCCAGAGGAAAAAAGAGAAGCUCAAGAUUAUAGUUACCGGGAUGUGA